GCAGCGCCUGGCACCUUCCGGGAGGACCCCCGGCGCAGAAAAGGAAAGGGAGCAGGCGCAAGGGGACUGGAACGGCAGCAUGCGCCAGCCGGGAGCAGCCUCGGCGCCCACGGUCUGAGGCGGCAGCCUCAGUUCGCCAUUGUGAGCCGCCUCCGGGGGAGCUCGCACGCGCCGCGGUCCCCCCGGGUCCCCUUCGGCACCGUGAUGGGGCACCUGCCCACGAGACCGCGCGGCGGCCGCAGCCUCCUGUCCCUGCUGUGGCUCUUUGUGCUGCUCAAGAAUGCCACAACAUUCCAUGUAACUGUUCAAGAUGAUAAUAGCAUCGUUGUGUCUUUAGAAGCCCCAGAUGUCACGAGCCCGUCAUCUGUGUAUGUUGUGAAGAUAACUGGGGAAUCAAAAAAUUACUUCUUCGAAUUUGAGGACUUCAACAGCACUUUGCCUCCUCCUGUUACCUUUAAGGCUAAUUACCAUGGCCUUUAUUAUAUAAUCACUCUGGUAGUGGUAAAUGGAAAUGUGGUUACCAAGCCAUCCAGAUCAAUCACUGUGUUAACAAAACCCCUACCUGUAACCAGUGUUUCAAUAUAUGACUAUAAACCUUCCCCUGAAACAGGAGUCCUGUUUGAAAUUCAUUAUCCAGAAAAAUACAAUGUUUUCACAAGAGUAAACAUAAGCUACUGGGAAGGGAAAGACUUCCGAACAAUGCUAUAUAAAGAUUUCUUUAAGGGAAAAACAGUAUUUAAUCACUGGCUGCCAGGAAUAUGUUAUAGUAACAUCACUUUUCAACUGGUAUCUGAGGCAACUUUUAAUAAAAGUACUCUUGUGGAGUACAGUGGUGUCAGUCAUGAGCCCAAACAGCAUAGAACUGCCCCUUAUCCACCUCGAAAUAUCUCGGUUCGUAUUGUAAACUUGAACAAAAACAAUUGGGAAGAACAGAGUGGCAGUUUCCCAGAGGAAUCGUUCAUUAGAUCACAAGAGAUGGUGGGAAAAGACAAACUUUUCCAUUUCACGGAUGAAGCUUCUGAAAGUCCCUCUGGCAACAUUUCUUCCGGUUGGCCCGAUUUCAACAGCAGUGACGACGAGACUACAUCCCAGCCCUAUUGGUGGGGCAGCGCCCCCGCCACCCCCGAGAGUGAAGAUGACUUUGUCAGUGUCCUUCCCAUGGAAUAUGAAAAUAACAGUAUGCUCAGUGAGACUGAGAAAUCGACAGCAGGCUCGCUCUCAUUUUUUCCUGUACAAAUGAUCCUGAAUUGGUUACCACCCAAACCACCCACUGCCUUCGAUGGGUUCCAUAUCCACAUAGAAAGAGAAGAUGCAGAAAACUUUACUGAAUACUUGACAGUGGAUGAAGAAGCACACGAAUUUGUCGCAGAACUGAAGGAGCCUGGGAAAUAUAAGUUAUCUGUGACGACCUUUAGCUCCUCAGGAUCUUGUGAAACUCGAAAAAGCCAGUCAGCAAAAUCACUCAGUUUUUAUAUCAGCCCUUCAGGAGAGUGGAUCGAAGAACUGACUGAGAAGCCCCAGCACGUGAGUGUCCACGUCCUGAGCUCAACGACUGCGCUGAUGUCCUGGACGUCUUCCCAGGAGAACUACAACGGCACCAUCGUGUCCGUGGUGUCUCUCACCUGCCAGAAACAGAAGGAGAGCCAGAGGCUAGAAAAGCAGUACUGUACUCAGGUGAACUCAAGCAAAUCUAUUAUUGAAAAUCUGGUUCCUGGUGCCCAGUACCAGGUCGUGAUGUACCUAAGAAAAGGCCCUUUGAUUGGACCACCUUCAGAUCCUGUCACAUUUGCUAUCGUUCCAACAGGGAUAAAGGAUUUGAUGCUCUACCCCUUGGGUCCUACAGCCGUGGUUCUGAGCUGGAGCAGACCUUACUUAGGUGUGUUCAGAAAAUACGUUGUUGAAAUGUUUUAUUUCAACCCCGCAACAAUGACAUCAGAGUGGACAACGUACUAUGAAAUCGCAGCGACUGUCUCCUUGACCGCGUCCGUGAGGAUAGCCAAUCUGUUGCCAGCAUGGUACUACAACUUCCGAGUUACCAUGGUAACAUGGGGAGAUCCGGAAUUGAGCUGUUGUGACAGCUCCACCAUCAGCUUCAUAACAGCCCCAGUUGCUCCAGAAAUCACAUCUGUGGAGUAUUACAACAGUCUGUUAUACAUCAGUUGGACAUACGGUGAUGACACAACUGACCUCUCCCAUUCUAGAAUGUUACACUGGAUGGUUGUUGCAGAAGGAAAGAAGAAAAUUAAAAAGAGUGUCACACGCAAUAUCAUGACUGCAAUUCUCAGCCUGCCUCCAGGAGAUAUCUACAACCUCUCAGUAACCGCUUGCACAGAACGAGGAAGUAAUACCUCCAUGCUCCACCUGGUCAAGUUAGAACCAGCUCCUCCGAAAUCACUGUUUGCUGUGAAUAAAACCCAGACUUCAGUGACUUUGCUGUGGGUGGAAGAAGGAGUAGCUGAUUUCUUUGAAGUCUUCUGUCAACAAGUUGGCUCAAGUCAAGAAACAAAACUCCAGGAACCAAUUGCUGUUUCCUCCCACGUUGUGACCAUCUCCAGCCUCCUUCCUGCCACUGCCUACAACUGUAGUGUCACCAGCUUCAGUCACAACAGCCCCAGUGUCCCCACAUUCAUAGCCGUCUCAACAAUGGUUACAGAGAUGAACCCUAAUGUGGUAGUCAUCUCGGUGUUGGCCAUCCUCAGCACUCUGUUAAUUGGACUGCUGCUCGUGACCCUUAUCAUUCUGAGGAAAAAGCAUCUCCAGAUGGCAAGGGAAUGCGGAGCAGGAACCUUUGUCAAUUUUGCGUCUUUGGAGCGUGAUGGAAAGCUUCCAUACAAUUGGCGUAGGAGUAUAUUUGCUUUCUUAACCCUGCUACCCUCAUGUCUUUGGACUGAUUAUCUUUUGGCAUUUUAUAUUAAUCCUUGGAGUAAAAAUGGUUUAAAGAAGAGGAAACUGACUAACCCAGUUCAACUGGAUGACUUUGAUGCCUACAUCAAGGAUAUGGCCAAAGACUCUGACUAUAAAUUUUCUCUUCAGUUUGAGGAGUUGAAAUUGAUUGGACUGGACAUUCCGCACUUUGCAGCAGACCUUCCGCUGAACCGAUGUAAAAAUCGUUACACAAACAUCCUACCGUAUGACUUUAGUCGUGUGAGAUUAGUCUCCAUGAAUGAAGAGGAAGGCACAGACUAUAUCAAUGCCAACUACAUUCCUGGAUACAACUUACCCCAGGAGUAUAUUGCCACACAGGGGCCACUACCUGAGACCAGAAAUGACUUUUGGAAGAUGGUUCUACAACAGAAGUCUCAGAUCAUUGUCAUGCUCACACAGUGUAAUGAGAAAAGAAGGGUGAAAUGCGACCAUUACUGGCCAUUCACGGAAGAGCCCAUAGCUUACGGAGACAUCACCGUGGAGAUGAUCUCGGAGGAAGAGCGGGACGACUGGGCCCGCAGACACUUCCGGAUUAACUAUGCGGACGAGACACAGGAUGUGAUGCAUUUCAACUACAUGGCGUGGCCCGAUCACGGAGUACCCACAGCAAAUGCGGCCGAGAGCAUCCUGCAGUUUGUACACGUGGUUCGACAGCAAGCUACGAAGAGCAAAGGCCCCAUGAUCGUGCACUGCAGUGCGGGAGUCGGCCGGACAGGAACAUUCAUUGCCCUGGACAGGCUCCUGCAGCACAUUCGGGAUCAUGAGUUUGUCGACAUCUUAGGGCUGGUGUCGGAAAUGCGAUCAUACCGGAUGUCUAUGGUGCAGACAGAGGAGCAGUACAUUUUCAUCCAUCAGUGUGUGCAACUGAUGUGGAUGAAGAAGAAGCAGCAGUUCUGCAUCAGCGAUGUCAUCUAUGAGAAUGUUAGCAAGUCCUAGUUCAGAAUCCAGAGCGGACAGGACAUGGUGUGCACCCAUCCUCCCUUGCUUCCAGAGUUUUUUAGGGGCCCUCCUGGCCAUUUUGCUAAGAAGAGCCCCUACUUUGUCAUAUGAGGCCAAGGAGAUAAUCGGUCUCCCUGAAGCACCGGGAAGACUUAGCCUUAAAGAGCCUACAGUGUCUUUUGGACUCCUUCACUUCUGGACAUUUAAUAAUGGACCAAAUUCAACGGAACACCACAGAGGUCCAGGCGCUCUGCAAAGGGCAGGAAGCACAGCACUUCCAGAGAGUUUCCUUGGCCCUUGGCUGGUUGGGCUGAGUUUUUUUGUUGUUGUUUUUAAGUGCAAUAAUUUUUGUACGUGUGAUUUUAUCAUGAAGUUGAAUCGUUUUCUACUCACAUGACCAACCAAGCCCGUAGCCCAAGAAGGAACAGGAAUUGUUAGUAUCAAAUUGUACCUCAUUGUUAAAAAGCGGCCUGGCCACGCAUGAGGAAAUGUUAAUUCUACUUAAGGAAAUUGAACCAGCGAUAUCUGUCCUCCGGCAUUAAGCUGCUGGACCAGGAGUGGGGCGGGUGGAGGGGCGGAGAGAGAGAACGGUUCUACCCACAGAUCAACUGCGUAUCUUUUCCAAAUAUGAAAAGCUGUAACUCAGCUUCAAAGUAGAGUAGAAAAAAUAUUUAAGUCUUAAUUGUUCUAGUUCUUGAUGGUUUUCUUCCUUAUUAACAGUUAAGUGUUGUUUUCCCCUGGGCCUUCUUGAACUAAUGUCACUGUUCAGAUUCUUUUUUCCCCAAACCAGAUCUGUUUCGGAGCAGUUUGAAGAAGGACUCUUAAGACUCCACUGCUGUCUGAGCAACCUUGGUGCCUAGAGUUUGCAUUCCUUUUUCUGUGGACCUGCAUACAUGUGAAAGCUAUUUCUCUUGAGUACUACAUAGGCUGUGAAAAUGCACUUUCCUUCCCCC